CUGAGCUUAUUCAUAAAUACACUUAUUCUCUUUUAUUUACAGGUGCUCGUUUAUGACAUUCGUUCAUCCAAACCAUUGAUAGUAAAGGAUCACAUAAAUGGGCUGCCUAUAAAGAAAAUCGACUUUGUUGUGAGAGAGACUGACAGUCUCACCCUGAGUAUGGACAGUCGUGUGCUGAAAAUGUGGAACGAGAAUGACGGAAAACCAUUUGCGGCAAUCGAAACCGAAAGUGGUCUGAAUGACUUCUGCCGUUAUCCUGGCUCCGGCCAGUCAGUGGACCUAUGA